CAAUUUUUUUUUGUGAAUCUAAUAAUCCUAAACCUAAUUGCCCAGCCUCAAUUUACAGCCCAAUUUACAGGCUCGAUUUACAUAUAAUCCUAGCAUGAGGACAUUUCACUCAGUCUCUCUUUUACUUGCCGCUUCUUGCAAUUGCAAAUUGCGAAUUUGGGAAUUGGGAUUCCUCAUUCCUCUCUCAGUUGGCAUCGGUCUCUCCUCUCCGACCUUCACAUUGAUUCACUUCAGCUCUCAACCUCGCCGUCACUACAACCCCUGGCCCCUGCUGCCCUGCAACGCUCGUCGCUCACCUCCAGCUGAGCUCCAAGGCUGCCGUUGGGUCAUCUCAGCCCGCCUCUCACCGUGGCACCGUGUCGUCAGCCCAUCACUGCAAGUCAGCAAUGCUCCUCGCUCACCACCGCUCACCUCCAGCUUGUUUUAAAAAAGUGAUCUUGAUCAUCUUUGUUUGCUAUAUAGGAUUCUGUAAAAUUGCUAUUUUCUUUUGGAAUUUUGAUUAACAAGCAAUGAAAUAGGUGAUAGUUU